GAGAUGCUUGGGGUUCUUAGAAAUUUUCUUCUCACCCCGUCAUCCACAAUUUAUUCCUUGGUGGGAAUCCUGAGAUCCAUCCAUCCUCCUCUCUCCGGCUCCUCUUGCUUCUCCUCCUCCUCCUCCUCCUCCUCCUUCUCCUCCACCACCGUCGCUCGCCCACCGCCGCCGCCUUGGCGCAUGGCAUGAAACGGAGCGCUUUCCCCUUUUCUCGACACGAGAAGCGGGUGACGGCUUUUGGGAAAUUGAGCCGCCCGCCGCACCGCCCCCCACACAAGUCCAGCGUCUCCUCGGGUCCGGGGAGGGGUUUGUUUCCUUCUUUCUUGGGUGAUGAGCAUUUUUCUUGGACUCAUUUUCGCACCUUUGUCGCUUUCUUCCCCCCUCUUUUUGCUCAUUUGCUCGGCGUCAAGCGGAUCGCCCAAUCUCGCUGCAGGGGGGGGGGGGGGGGGGGGCUACUUGUAUACUCUUUCACCCUGUCUCAAUUGGCGCCCCCAGAUUUUCCUAAACUCCCCCCUCAUUUCUGA